AUGCCGUCCCUCCUCUCCCACCAAUACCCCCUCCCCACCCUCAAAAACAUCCUCUCACUCCAUGUCUUCGCCGACUACUUUGGCUCCAAAAAACUCCACCAAAUCACCAAGGGCUCCACCACCACCUCCACCCUCUUCCAAGCCUCCGGCGAGGCCGCCGGCACCUCCGGCUACAUCAACAUCACCGAUUUCAAAGGCGGAAAGGUCGGAUUUACCCCCGUUGACUCCGAUUUUGACCCUCCCAUGGCCACAUUCCUCAAAUCCAUCCACGAAUCGCCCUACAACAUCUCUGUCAUCCAGAUCAGCAACGUCCUCGCCUCACCAGAGGCCGAGGCCCCCGUCUCCGCCCCCACUGAUCUCAACCUCCUCUCUCUCCUCGCCGACGUCUUCACGGAGUCCGUCGAGGCCGGCCUCACCGAGUUCAGCCCCUCCGACGCCGCGAUCAAGUCGUUCUCGGCGGCGUACAAAAACCUAACCGCCGCCGGGAAAAACUCGCUGCUGCUGUACCACGGCAUACCGGAGUACAAUUCGCUGGGGAUGCUGCGGGAUGAAGGCGUCGCCGGGCUGGAAGGCGGAGGAGGUGAAGGCCCUGGCGGUGUGCUGGAGGACGAUGGCGGCGGCGGUGGUGAUGUUGUCGACGAUGGAGACUUCGUCGACGUGAUCGGCGUUGAUGAGGUUUUGGAUGAGGAGGCGCGUUUGGAGAAUGGAAGGCUUGAGAGUGUUGUAGUAGAAAUGAUCGGGCUGGCGGAGGAAGAGGAGCCGGUGGCGGAGCUGGGCGGCGAUGAUGGAGGCAGGGCAGCAGCUUCGUAA